AAACAAAAACCAGCCCCCAGCGGAGCCCAGCCGGGUAGUGCAGCGCCGAGCCGAGCCGAGCCCAGCCCAGCCCAGCCCAGCCCAGUCCAGUCCAGCCCAGCCCAGCCCAAGGAUGCCGAACUGGGGCGGAGGGAAGAAAUGCGGCAUGUGCCGGAAGACCGUGUACUUUGCCGAGGAGGUGCAGUGCGAAGGCAACAGCUUCCACAAGUACUGCUUCUUGUGCCUGGUCUGUAAAAAGAACCUGGACAGCACCACCGUGGCUGUGCACGGGGAAGAGAUCUAUUGCAGGUCCUGCUAUGGCAAGAAGUAUGGCCCCAAAGGCUACGGCUAUGGGCAGGGAGCAGGGACCCUGAGCACCGACAAGGGAGAGUCGCUGGGAAUCAAAUACGAAGAGAGCCAGCCCCACCAGCCCACCAACAACCCCAAUGCCUCCAAGUUGGCUCAGAAGGUGGGCGGUGCCGACGGCUGCCCCCGCUGCAGGCAGGCUGUGUAUGCUGCUGAGAAGGUGAUUGGCGCUGGGAAGUCGUGGCACAAGGCCUGUUUCCGGUGUGCCAACUGUGGCAAAGGCCUGGAAUCCACCACGCUGGCUGACAAAGAAGGGGAGAUCUACUGCAAAGGAUGCUACGCUAAGAACUUUGGGCCCAAGGGGUUUGGCUUUGGGCAGGGAGCCGGUGCUCUCAUCCACUCCGAGUGAGCUGUCAGGAUUGGCUCCUCUGCCUCUCCCCUGCAGUGCUGAGCGCUUCGCCGAUACCAAGCUCAUCCAGACUGACCUUCAAACGUGGAUCAAGGCAGCCCGAUCCUUCCCCCACUUCCUGCCAGUGCUUCUGUCAAUAAACUCCUGCUUAUUCUAACUAGACCACCACCCACUUGCCUGCUGGUUUCCUGAUCCAAAGCUCACCGAACGAAUCGGGAAUCUUCCUGUUGACAGCCGUGGGCUUUGGCUCAGGAUUGAGCAGCAUAGGCCAAAUGGCCUUGACACCCGCUCUCACACAUGCAGAGAACUUUCCACUCAGCUGGGGCGCGUCACUUUGUAGGUGGUAGGCUCACCUGUGAAACCUGGAUGCUUAUCUAGAUCCUCUGAGGCUCUGAAUGCAUCAGCCAUCCACUAGGACGUCAGAGGAGUAUAACAAGCCUUACUCGAUUGUUCAUAGAUGUAAAAAAAAAAAUCAAAGCUGGCAAAUGAUUGGGGCUUGUGGGUGGGUUAUUGUUCCUCUGGAGAUAGAGGGAGACGAAGAUCCAGUGACUGAUGUGAGUGAGAGAUACAGACGAGGGAGAGGAGAAUAUUUUUUAAAUAGUGUAUUGUAUUUAAAAUACUAAUUGGAGGGACAGUCCAAUAUAAAUCACUGGCCAGCUCCCCAGUGGCAUACAUCGGCAUAGUUCCAUUGACUUCAAUAGAGCGAUGUGAAGUUACACCCUGGUUCUAAAACUAGUGUGCUUUCAGAAGUGGCCACUGACUCAGAUUGCCUCGGUUUUGGGGAGCCAACAGGGUCCUGAUCUCUUUCAGAACCACUGCAGCUCCCACUGACUUCAAAUGGGUACUUGGCACGUCUGAAACUCCAGCCCCAAGCUGCCUGGUAUGGUGUUCCUAAAAACCGAUGCCCAGCGUCACUGGCUAACUUGGACACAUUUGGCCGAGAUUUCUCUUCCCGCGUUACUAACAGCACCUUAGCCUAUUAACCCAAGAGCGUGGAAAAAAUCCAACUUGUUUUUCACUGUUUGUGCCACUGUUUUGUGUUUCGCUCAGCUUGAACACUGAUAUCAGUUUCGUGCUUGUUUCAUAGUUGGUGCCACCGUGUUUGGGUUGCAAACUCUGUUGGGGAAUGUUUGUAUGUUUUUAAAAAAAAACGGGCCAGUUUUGUCCUCGGUUACAGUGCUGUAUAAACAGACAAAUGUGCCCUGGUACCAUUCUCCUUGGGGGGCUUCAGGUGCGGCUUUGCUUUCAUGGGCUCAGAUACCAUCUGACGCCUUGAGCAGAAUAGAAAGAUGCAAAAACUGACCAAGGAAUACUAGAACAUGGGAUCACACGGAGCGUUCUUUGGGUUUAUACCUAAAACUUCACUAAUUCACUUGGCAUCAUUCCCUCCCUUCAGGGUGUUACCUGAGCAAAGCUCACAGCUUUCAUUUCUCCUGUUUCCUCCUGAAGCAGGGAUGUCAAGGACUCCACAGACCUUUUCCACAGUGCGGGAGAAACAUUAUGUUGCAAUAUUUCUACGGUAUGUGCCAUGUGCAAGGAUUGCGUUCAAGCAAAAUUAUGUAUUCAAUAAAGCUCUGAGCAUGA